AUGUGUGAUAAUAAUCAUCAUAAUGAGUUAGUGAUAUCCGAUGAUCCAAUGCAUCCAGCAAAUUUAAUAUGUUCAUUAUGUGCCAAAUUCUACGAGAAGGAUUGGUGUCUAGGAACAGGUGGAGGGAUCUCGAUCAAGGAUCCACAUACCAACCAUUAUUUUAUUGCACCCUCAGGUGUGCAGAAGGAACUGAUGAAACCUACUGAUUUGUUUGUCGUUAAAGGUACUGCGAAUAGUAACGAGUUAAAUGUGGACGAUGUAACAUUUGUUAGAAGGCCUGUAGGGUUAAAACCAAGCGAUUGCACACCGUUGUUCCUGACUUGUUUCAAAGAACUGGAUGUCGGUGCUGUGAUUCACACACACUCAACAAACGCUGUAUUGGCGUCAUUGUUAUAUGACGAUUUCUUCGAAAUAUCACAUAUUGAACAAAUCAAAGCAAUGCCUAGCGAUAAAUGGGACGCCAAUGCUAAUAAAUAUGUUAAUCUAUUAUUCCAGGAUACUCUGCGCAUCCCGAUCAUUGGUAACAAAAACUUUGAGUAUGAACUAACGGACGAUCUGUUAGAGGUUUGCAAGAAAUACCCUCACAGUUGUGCUGUCCUCGUGAGACGUCAUGGUAUAUUUGUAUGGGGUCCAUCCAUUGCAAAGGCCAAGAUAUAUAACGAAUCCAUUGACUAUCUGUUAGGUUUAGCCAUCCAAAUGCGUCAAAUGGGUCUUCCCACUGUCAAAUCGACCCUGACACAGGGCCAUAAAUAA